CCGCUGUCCUCUAGUCUGCAAACAACAGUCUUCAUUGUGCUCUAGAAACGGUUAACAGUUGCAGAUAUAUGAGUUGUACGAGUGGCAGCCUGUUUUGUGAGAGUAGCCAUAGCCAUGUCAACCAACAACAGUUCUACCAACCUAGUCACGGUGGUUGUUGUUCAACAGACCAACGGAACAACACGCAACAAAUACAACCCCUACAACAACAGGAAUGUAGCCCAUCCCACCACAGAUGCUGAAACCCUGAUCCAUCUGCUGAAAGGCAGUUUAGGGACAGGGAUCCUAGCAAUGCCUCAGGCCUUUGCCAACGCUGGUCUCUUGUUCGGACUGAUAGCUACGUUUUCCGUUGGCCUCAUAUCUACAUACUGCGUAAACAUUCUGGUUCAGUGUGCCCACCAGUUGUGUCAAAGGAGAAAACUUCCAUCUUUGGGGUUUGCAGAUGUAGCUGAAGUAGCAUUUCUCGAAGGUCCUCAGAAAGUUCAAAAAUUUGCAUCAACAGCAAGGUUUAUGGUGAAUACUUUUUUGGUGUUGGAUCUGCUAGGCUGCUGCUGUGUGUAUAUUGUGUUUGUUACGUCUAAUCUAAAACAGGUGUUCGACUUGUACAUCGACAGUGGCAUAGAUGUGAGGAUUUACAUGUUAUGCUGUCUUCCGCCUCUGAUCGCUAUUAACAUGAUCAGGAACCUCAAGUAUCUCGCACCCCUCUCUAUGGUAGCCAACGUGUGUAUAGCCAUGGGCAUCGCCAUCACCAUCUACUACCUCUUCCAGGAUCUGCCUCCCUUUGACAGCCGCCCUGCUUUCGCACCAGUGACCAAAUGGCCUCUCUUUUUUGGAACAGCGAUUUUCGCCCUUGAAGGAAUUGGAGUGGUGAUGCCUUUGGAAAACAACAUGAAGACACCAGAGAACUUCCUUGGAUGUCCGGGAGUUUUGAACAUUGGGAUGUUCGUCACUGUGAUGCUGUAUUCCAUACUGGGCUUCCUGGGCUACCUUCGCUUCGGAGCAGCAACUAAGGGCAGCAUCACACUCAACUUGCCUGACGAAUUAUUAGCGCAGUCAGUUAAAGUCAUGAUUGCAAUCGCCAUAUUCUUCACUUACGCGUUGCAGUUUUACGUUCCUUUGGAAAUCAUUUGGAAAGCCAGCAAACAUAGGUUCAGCAGCCAUCCUGCACUGGCAGAAUACACCAUCAGGAUAGUGUUGGUGUGUGGCUCAG